UAUAUUUUAGCCUUGGGAGAGUGGCCUUGGAUGAGAUCCCCCAGCACCUUCUUAUUUCCUUAACACAAAAUCCCAUUUAUAAUAUCACAAAAACUUCUCCCUUCUUACCCCCUUUCUUAGAUCUCUCUCCCUUGUUCGCUUUUCAGAGAGGGUUCCAGAUCUCGCAGCGAUUCGAAUCCCACCGCAGGGUUCGAAGCGCUCUAUCUCCCUCUCUCUCUUACUUCGCUUGUGGAUUCACGGCUUGAAUCGCACCAGUAGAUCCGAGCCUUCGGUUCUGAGCCGUCGAUCUGCGCAACCAUGGCGGCGGCUAACGCUCCGAUCACCAUGAAGGAGGCCCUAACGCUUCCGAGCGUUGGGAUUAAUCCGCAAUUCAUAACGUUUACACAUGUUACUAUGGAGUCCGAUAAGUACAUAUGUGUUCGGGAAACAGCGCCGCAGAAUAGUAUUGUGAUUAUUGAUAUGAGUAUGCCGAAUCAACCUUUGAGGAGGCCUAUCACCGCUGACUCUGCACUUAUGAAUCCAAACUCCAAAAUCCUUGCUUUGAAAGCUCAAGUCCAGGGAACUACUCAGGACCACCUUCAAAUUUUUAACAUUGAGAUGAAAGCAAAACUGAAAUCACACCUUAUGCCUGAGCAGAUUGUCUUUUGGAAAUGGAUAACCCCAAAGAUGUUGGGUCUUGUCACACAGACUACAGUAUAUCAUUGGUCAAUUGAAGGUGAGUCUGAACCAGUAAAGGUAUUUGAGCGAACAGCUAACCUGGCAAACAAUCAGAUCAUAAAUUACCGUUGUGAUCCUUCUGAGAAGUGGUUGGUUCUGAUUGGAAUUGCUCCUGGUGCUCCUGAGAGGCCGCAAUUGGUUAAAGGGAACUUGCAACUCUUCUCGGUGGAUCAGCAGCGCAGUCAAGCUCUUGAAGCGCAUGCCGCAUCCUUUGCCCAGUACAAGGUUCCAGGGAAUGAGAAUCCUUCCAUUCUGAUUUCCUUUGCCACUAAGACACUCAAUGCUGGACAGAUUACAUCCAAGUUGCAUGUUAUUGAGCUUGGUGCCCAGCCAGGGAAGCCAUCUUUUACAAAGAAACAAGCAGAUCUUUUCUUUCCUCCAGAUUUUGCAGAUGAUUUCCCAGUUGCCAUGCAGAUGUCUCACAAGUACAGUUUGAUUUAUGUAAUUACAAAGCUGGGGCUUCUAUUUGUAUACGACUUAGAGACAGCUAGUGCAGUUUACAGAAAUAGAAUUAGUCCAGAUCCAAUUUUCUUGACGACAGAAGCUUCAUCAGUGGGAGGGUUUUAUGCUGUUAAUAGGCGGGGCCAGGUGUUGUUGGCUACCAUUAAUGAGCAAACAAUUGUGCCUUUUGUCAGUGGUCAGUUAAACAAUUUGGAGCUUGCCGUCAAUCUGGCAAAAAGAGGAAAUCUUCCUGGUGCUGAGAAUCUGGUUGUCCAGCGUUUCCAAGAACUGUUUGCCCAAACCAAGUACAAAGAAGCUGCCGAACUGGCUGCUGAGUCCCCACAAGGAAUUCUUCGUACACCGGAUACAGUUGCUAAAUUUCAGAGUGUUCCUGUCCAAGCUGGGCAAACACCCCCUUUGUUGCAAUACUUUGGGACUCUCUUAACGAGAGGGAAGCUCAAUGCCUUUGAGUCAUUGGAAUUGUCACGUCUUGUUGUGAACCAGAACAAGAAGAAUCUUUUGGAAAACUGGUUGGCAGAGGACAAACUGGAAUGCAGUGAGGAACUAGGAGAUCUUGUGAAGACUGUGGAUAAUGAUCUGGCUUUGAAAAUAUACAUUAAAGCCAGAGCAACUCCAAAAGUUGUUGCAGCUUUUGCCGAGCGAAGGGAGUUUGACAAAAUCCUGAUCUACUCAAAGCAGGUUGGCUACACACCUGACUAUCUGUUCCUUUUGCAAACAAUUCUCCGAGCAGACCCGCAGGGUGCUGUUAAUUUUGCAUUGAUGAUGUCCCAAAUGGAGGGUGGUUGUCCUGUUGAUUACAACACCAUUACAGAUCUCUUUCUUCAGAGGAAUCUGAUUCGUGAGGCAACCGCUUUUCUACUGGAUGUUUUGAAGCCAAAUCUCCCUGAACAUGCCUUCCUGCAGACAAAGGUCCUCGAGAUUAACUUGGUUACUUUUCCAAAUGUGGCUGAUGCCAUUUUAGCCAAUGGUAUGUUCAGUCAUUAUGAUCGUCCUCGUAUUGCCCAGUUAUGUGAAAAAGCUGGUCUUUAUGUGCGAGCUUUGCAACACUACUCCGAGUUGCCUGAUAUUAAACGUGUCAUAGUGAAUACACAUGCAAUAGAGCCGCAGUCACUAGUAGAGUUUUUUGGUACCUUGUCAAAGGAAUGGGCGUUGGAGUGUAUGAAGGAUCUCUUGCUGGUCAAUUUGAGAGGCAACCUUCAGAUAAUUGUGCAGGUUGCUAAGGAGUACUCUGAUCAGUUGGGUACUGAUCAAUGCAUGAAGCUAUUUGAGCAGUUCAAGUCAUAUGAAGGAUUGUACUUCUUCCUCGGAUCAUUUUUGAGUUCAAGUGAGGAUCCUGAAAUCCACUUCAAGUACAUUGAGGCAGCUGCCAAAACUGGACAAAUUAAAGAGGUUGAGAGAGUUACUAGAGAAUCAAAUUUCUAUGAUGCAGAGAAAACAAAGAACUUUUUAAUGGAAGCUAAGCUCCCUGAUGCACGACCCCUUAUCAAUGUUUGCGACCGUUUUGGUUUUGUUCCAGAUCUCACCCACUACUUGUACACAAACAAUAUGCUCCGUUACAUUGAGGGUUACGUUCAAAAGGUGAAUCCUUCAAAUGCUCCUUUAGUUGUGGGACAGUUGCUAGAUGACGAGUGCCCUGAAGAUUUCAUCAAAGGCUUGAUCCUUUCUGUACGUUCAUUGCUUCCAGUGGAGCCCCUUGUGGAGGAAUGUGAGAAGAGGAAUCGACUUCGUUUACUCACUCAGUUCUUGGAGCAUCUUGUGAGUGAGGGAAGCCAGGAUGUGCACGUCCACAAUGCGUUGGGUAAAAUCAUCAUUGAUAGUGGAAACAAUCCUGAACACUUCCUUACCACAAAUCCAUAUUAUGAUUCUCGUGUUGUGGGUAAAUAUUGUGAGAAACGUGAUCCUACUCUGGCUGUUGUUGCUUAUCGACGUGGGCAAUGUGAUGAUGAGCUUAUCAAUGUUACAAAUAAAAACUCUUUGUUCAAAUUACAAGCAAGAUAUGUCGUUGAGAGGAUGGAUGAGGAUCUUUGGGCUAAAGUUCUUGACCCUGAGAAUGAAUUUAGAAGACAACUUAUCGAUCAAGUGGUUUCUACUGCCUUGCCUGAAAGCAAGAGCCCAGAACAAGUUUCUGCGGCUGUUAAGGCUUUCAUGACUGCUGAUUUGCCCCAUGAAUUAAUUGAGCUUCUUGAAAAGAUUGUGCUUCAAAACUCUGCCUUCAGUGGCAACUUUAAUCUGCAAAAUCUACUCAUUUUGACAGCCAUCAAGGCAGAUCCGUCCAGAGUAAUGGAUUAUAUUAAUAGGCUAGACAAUUUCGAUGGACCUGCAGUUGGGGAAGUAGCUGUGGAAGCCCAACUGUAUGAGGAAGCAUUUGCAAUUUUCAAGAAGUUCAACUUGAAUGUCCAAGCUGUCAAUGUCUUGCUGGAUAAUAUCCGAAGCAUUGAUAGGGCUGUAGAAUUUGCAUUCCGUGUUGAAGAGGAUGCUGUUUGGAGUCAGGUUGGAAAGGCUCAACUCCGGGAGGGACUUGUGAGUGAUGCGAUUGAGUCAUUUAUUAGGGCGGAUGAUGCCACACAAUUCUUGGAUGUUAUUCGAGCUUCUGAAGAAGCGGAUGUUUACCAUGACUUGGUGAGAUACCUUCUGAUGGUUAGGCAGAAGACAAAAGAGCCGAAGGUGGACAGUGAGCUCAUUUAUGCAUAUGCCAAGAUUGAUAGGCUGGCUGACAUUGAAGAGUUCAUUCUUAUGCCAAAUGUUGCCAAUCUUCAAAAUGUUGGUGAUCGCCUAUAUGAUGAGACCCUCUAUGAGGCUGCAAAAAUAAUUUAUGCUUUUAUAUCCAACUGGGCCAAGUUGGCUGUCACACUUGUCAAGCUCAAACAAUUCCAAGGUGCUGUUGAUGCAGCACGAAAAGCCAAUAGUGCAAAGACAUGGAAGGAAGUUUGCUUUGCUUGUGUUGAUGCUGAGGAGUUCCGCUUAGCUCAAAUUUGUGGUCUCAACAUCAUUAUACAGGUGGAUGAUUUGGAAGAGGUCAGUGAAUUCUACCAGAAUAGAGGGUGCUUCAAUGAGCUAAUAUCUCUAAUGGAAAGUGGUCUUGGCUUAGAACGUGCACACAUGGGAAUCUUUACUGAAUUGGGGGUUCUGUAUGCUAGAUACCGUCCUGAGAAACUUAUGGAGCACAUCAAACUGUUCUCAACUCGUUUAAAUAUUCCCAAGCUCAUUCGAGCUUGUGAUGAGCAGCAGCAUUGGAAGGAGCUAACCUAUCUAUAUAUUCAAUAUGAUGAGUUUGAUAAUGCUGCAACAACCAUCAUGAAUCAUUCCCCUGAAGCCUGGGAUCACAUGCAGUUCAAAGAUGUGGCAGUUAAAGUUGCAAAUGUGGAGCUAUAUUAUAAGGCUGUGCACUUUUACUUGCAAGAGCAUCCAGAUCUCAUUAAUGAUAUUCUAAAUGUGCUUGCUCUCCGUGUAGAUCAUACUCGUGUGGUGGACAUUAUGCGAAAGGCUGGGCACCUACUCCUUGUGAAGCCAUACAUGGUUGCUGUUCAGAGCAACAAUGUCUCAGCUGUGAAUGAGGCUUUGAAUGAGAUAUAUGUUGAAGAGGAAGACUAUGAAAGAUUGCGUGAAUCAAUUGAUUUACAUGACAGCUUUGAUCAAAUAGGUCUUGCUCAGAAGAUUGAAAAACACGAGCUUCUGGAAAUGAGGCGCGUUGCUGCUUAUAUUUACAAGAAAGCUGGAAGGUGGAAGCAGUCCAUUGCAUUAUCAAAGAAAGACAAACUUUACAAAGAUGCCAUGGAGACAGCCUCACAGUCUGGUGACCGCGAACUUGCGGAGGAAUUGCUUGUUUACUUCAUUGAACAGGGAAAGAAAGAAUGCUUUGCGUCAUGCCUCUUCGUCUGUUACGAUUUGAUUAGGCCGGAUACUGCCCUUGAACUUGCUUGGAUGAACAAUAUGAUAGACUUUGCCUUCCCAUAUCUGUUGCAGUUCAUCCGUGAAUACACCGGUAAAGUCGAUGAAUUGGUGAAGGACAGAAUUGAAGCCCAGAAUGAGGUCAAGGAGAAGGAGAAGGAAGAGAAAGAAGUUAUAGCACAGCAGAACAUGUAUGCACAGUUGUUGCCUCUUGCUUUGCCUGCUCCACCAAUGCCUGGUAUGGGAGGAGGGUAUGGUCCUCCGCCUCCAAUGGGAGGAAUGGGGAUGCCUCCGAUGCCACCUUAUGGCAUGCCACCAAUGGGCAGUAGCUACUGA